AUGGUGACAGUGCAAGCCACGUGCAUCACCCUGACCGCGAUGAGUGGAGACCGCUGUUACGUCACCGUUUACCCGCUCAAGUCCCUCCGCCAUCGGACGCCCAAAGUUGCCAUGAUCGUCAGCAUCUGCAUCUGGAUCGGCUCUCUGAUCCUGUCCACUCCCAUCCUGAUGUACCAGCGGAUAGAGGAGGGGUACUGGUACGGCCCGCAGCAAUACUGCAUGGAGAGGUUCCCGUCCAAGACUCACGAGAGGGCCUUCAUCCUUUACCAGUUCAUCGCCGCCUAUCUCCUCCCGGUGCUCACCAUCACCUUCUGCUACACUCUGAUGGUGAAGCGUGUGGGACAGCCGACCGUGGAGCCGGUGGACAACAACUACCAGGUGAACUUGCUUUCAGAACGCACCAUCAGCAUCCGCAGUAAAGUCUCCAAGAUGGUGGUGGUUAUCGUCUUGCUAUUCGCCAUCUGCUGGGGUCCAAUCCAAAUCCUUGUUUUAUUCCAGUCGUUCCACCCAAACUACCGCCCCAGCUACACCACAUACAAAAUCAAAACCUGGGCCAACUGCAUGUCCUACGCUAACUCAUCCGUCAACCCCAUUGUCUACGGCUUCAUGGGAGCGAGUUUCCAAAAGUCAUUCCGAAAAACGUUCCCCUUUCUCUUCAAACACAAGGUCAGAGACAGCAGCAUGGCUUCCAGAACAGCCAACGCCGAGAUCAAAUUUGUGGCGGCGGCAGAAGGGAACAAUAACAACAAUGGAGCUGAUUGA